UUCAAUUUUACCAAAGAAUUCAAUUAGCUAAAAGAUCCUCUUACAAUAAGAUAAAAAUUCAGUGAGAAAAUGAAGAUUUUCGUACAACUUUCUUUGGUGACAACAUUUUACGUUGCAUUUUCCCUUCAGCAAAGUUGUUCGAUACAAAGUAACAAAGACAUCGCUUUACCAGAUCUAGCUGAAAGAAAUGGACAGAGACUGGAAAAUUGUUGCAAUAUCUGCCGGGACACACCUCAGUGCCAGGGAUAUGCGUGGAAUGACUACAGAGGUGGUACCUGUUGGUUGAAGGCUGGAACUGGUCCAAUCGUUCAAAAGAACGGGGUUAGUGUCGGAACUUUAGGUGGAAAUGGUGGUAGUGAAGCUGAUUGUUGGUGGUCAGGUUGUCAGCCGCGUAAUUGGGGUCAAAGAGGAUGCUUUCCCGCCGACAAAUGGCGUCAGUCAAGAAGUGAAUCGUGUGAUGGAGGCGAUAAAUACUUCUGUUGUGCCACUGGAGGACAAACGAAUCCAACACCAGGCGGACAAGGCCUGGUCUCGUACGAUCAAUUUUCGAAUGCUGUUGUCUCGAAUGGUUACCCUCGACCGUCACAGGCCGUGUACGAUGCUUACAUACAGGGACUGCCUCGAGGAUCGAUUUCCAGCAAAGAAGAGGCCGCAAUGGCUCUUGCACAGUUUCUACACGAGAGUGCUGGACUAACGGCUAAAAGAGAAUUCAGAUGCAUAUCGAAUGGUUGUCCUGGAGAGUAUGCCACACCGGGGUGUGAUGCAUCCGGAAAAUUCUAUUACGGUCGGGGAUAUAUCCAAUUGACUUGGUGCAAUAAUUAUCGAGCAGCUUCGCGAGAUUUGUUGGGUAACGAUUCACUGGUCGCCGAUCCGGACCAAGUUGCGUCGAACGAAAAUUUAGCUUGGAAUACUGCAUUCUGGUUCUGGAAGGUGAACGUGCACGGACAAGCAGGUGUUAGCAAUGGAUUUUUUGGAGCAACGACAAAGGCGAUUAAUGGCUUUUUGGAGUGUAAUGGGAACAAUGGUGUGGCCCGUCAGAGAUUCGUAAUUUACGGAAAAGUUCGAGCAGCAUUUGGUUUAAAUGGACCAGGCGAUGAGCGCGGUUGUUACAACUAAUUGGUUAAAUUGUGCACAGAUUUAUUCGACAUGUGUCCAAUAAAUUAUUCAAAGUCUAA